CUUUUGUCUUCUCAAUUUUUUUUACGGAAGGAAGCUCUAGUCGAUCUCCUUCUCUACACCGCUCGGCGAAACCAGAAACCCUAAAAAGAGUUUGGGAGAUCUUUUACACAAAAUUAUCUCCCAUGGGAACUCCAGAGACUUCUCGGGAGCCCUGCCCCGAUCGUAUUCUCGACGAUAUCGGCGGCGCGUUCGGCAUGGGGGCCGUCGGCGGUUCUGCUUUCCACUUCCUCAAGGGUGUCUACAACUCUCCCAAGGGGGCGCGACUAGUCGGCGGCUCCCAAGCCGUUCGGAUGAACGCGCCUCGAGUAGGCGGAAGCUUCGCCGUAUGGGGCGGCUUAUUCUCCACCUUCGACUGCACCAUGGUAUACGUCCGCCAAAAGGAGGAUCCUUGGAACUCGAUCAUCGCCGGUGCUUCCACGGGUGGCUUCCUCCAGAUGCGCCAGGGUUUAGGCGCGGCUUCUCGAUCGGCUGUCUUUGGCGGCGUCCUCUUGGCUCUGAUCGAAGGGGCUGGGAUCAUGCUUAAUAAAGUCUUCAGCGAACAACAACAGGUGCCUAUCAUGAUAGAUGAUCCCGCUACUAAUGUGGCUGGAAUGCCUGGCUUUCCUCCUACAGGGCAAUUGCCGGGUCGGCUACCAACACAACAAGUUCCGGAGGUAGCUUCCGCUUCCGCUUCUGAUUCGGGUUCAGUUUCAGGUUCUAGUUCGUGGCUUGGAGGAUGGUUAGGUAGGGGGGAUAAGAAAGAGCCCCAGGCAGCAAGUAGUGGAAGCGAGACGAAGAUUUUGGAAAGCUUUGAUGCGCCCCCAGUGCCUAGCUUCGAGUACAAGUGAUUUGGGGUGUUUGGUUAAGAAGUCUGCUAUCUUGGGUUGAAGCUGAAAUGACACUUUGUCCAAUGGCUUUCACUUUCCUCUGAUGGUAGUUGUGGAUGCAUCAUGAAGAGAAGAGGUAGGGAAUAUUUGAUGGUGGAGCAGAGCAACUGCUAAGAUUUAUUUGUAAUGUGUUAUAUUUUAGUUUACUAAAGGAUACUUUUUUGUUUACUUUACUUUUUUUGUUUGUUUGGAGAGUGGUUCAUGAUUUUUAAUCACUAAUGAAAAUUUCUCUUGUUUUCUUUACAAUACACCACGUUUAAGUUGUUGGCAAAGCUUUCUGUUUGUAGAAGAAAACAGGUGAUAGUGCAUUUCUGAUUAAUAGAAAAACAACUUCAACCACUUUCAUGCCA